UACUUUUGGGUGGGGAUUAAGAGUGCCAUUGGUUUUGCACAUCCAGAGCCUGGCAGACAUGCUGAUCAUAGACUUUCUAAAUAAUCGUUUUGUCCUUUCUUUUUUCAUUUUGUAACUUUCUUAAAUCUUAUUGUAGAUAAACAGUUGUGAUUGGAUGCACAAGGCAUUAAAAGGUACAUGAUGUGUACCUUUGAUUUGAGCCCAAUUUUCUUAUACUGAGGGGUCAGUAUAUUUAUGAUGUUUCACGGCAAAAAAAAUCUUAAAAAAAGGCCUGUCUUUUGCGAUCUCCUAAUAUGGAAAACUCAUCUCGUGCAAUAAUUUUUUUCCUCAGUGGUUUGAACGACACAAAAUCAAACAAAUUGGUUUAUUUUUCCUGUUCGUUUCUCAUCUACUUGUUUACAGUUUUUGUGAAUAUAACUCUGGUUGUGACUGUUAUGCUGGACAGAGUUCUGCAUGAGCCCAUGUACAUCUUCCUGUGUAAUCUGUGUGUCAAUGGGAUUUAUGGUGCUACAGGUUUCUACCCCAAGUUUCUCCUGGACCUCCUAUCAGAAUCUCACAUUAUCUCAUACAACACAUGUUUAGCUCAAAUUUUUUUGGUCUGCAUAUAUGUGUUUUGUCAGUUUUCUAUUCUGACAGUAAUGGCUUAUGACAGGUAUGUCGCAAUAUGCAAACCAUUGGAGUAUCACUCCAUUAUGACCCCUGGGAAGGUGGGAAAAUUGCUGCUGGUUCCUUGGCUGUUAUCUUUGUGUGAGACAUUAAUUGGGUAUAUUUUGAUAGCUAGGUUGCCUUUGUGUGGGUUCAAAAUUGAUAAGCUUUACUGCAACAACUGGGAUGUGGUGAAGCUCUCCUGUAUAGACACCAGUGUGAAUAACGUAUAUGGGUACUCCGUAAUUAUUGCUCAUUUCAUCCAAGCAUUGCUGAUUGUAAUCUCCUACUUCCACAUCAUCAGGACUUGCGUGCGAUCGAAGGCAGAGCAGAACAAAUUUAUGGAGACCUGCCUGCCCCAUGUGAUCACGCUGACUAGUUUCUAUCUAUUUGCUUCAUUCGAUGCCUUGUAUGCACGCUAUGGAUCCAGCAGCAGCCUGCAGGGUCUCCGUAACUUCUUCUCCAUAGAGUAUCUGAUCAUCCCUCCCCUGCUGGACCCCCUCAUUUACGGCCUCAAGCUGAAGCAGAUUCAGCGGAGUAUCAGGAGGCUGCUCAGCAGGAAAGUCAGUGCAGGGACAUAGAUUCUAGGAUGUUCUUCCUCUCAAUAUUUUGUUUGAGUAACCUUUUAUGUGUCACCAAUGCAAUUUAAAAAUGAGGCACGUUUAAGCAAAUCUAGGGUUCUGAGACUGAAUUAAUUAGUAUUUAAGUAUUUUAGUCUUUUUUAAUGUGACCUGUUUAUUCUGUUUACAUGCAUAUUGUAUGUUAUGCUGGGUUGGAGAAAAUACAAAACUAAUUUGUUUUCAUGAGAGUGACAGUAAAGAUAUCUAUGUUUCUGAUGUAAACAUUAAAUGCAUUUGGUAUAAAUGCUGUUACUUUACUGAUGAAUAUCAUCCUCAUCACGGAAAAGAAACGUAAUGUGUUUUUUCUGCUGAAUGAUUUUCCCCCAAUGAAAUGCUGUGGUUAGUGGUUAGUUGCCUCACGCCUCCUGAGAUCAGGGUUUGAGUCUCCCCCUCGGCUAUCUGUGGAGUUUGCAUGUUCUCCCCAUGUCGUCAUGGAAUUUCCUCCCACGGCAGAAAAACACGAUGACAUGAAGCUGCCAGAUUGUCCAUAGGUGUGAAUGAUGUGACACCCUGCGGUGGCCAAGUGAUUGAAUCAUUAAACAUUUUGUGUGAUUGACCCUUAAAGUGUAACUGUGGUGAUUUCAAAAUUAGUCAAAUUGAAGCAUGACGGGAGCUCGGUGUUAAAUGUGAGGUUCUAAUACUGAUGGCAACCUGAAAUGCGUUUGGCAGAAAUUCAGCUGCUGCUGUUAUUCUGGUUAUGAUCAGCCUUCUCACAGCUGUGGGAUAAAAGGUGAAGCUGUGCCCCCUUGUGUUCCUUACAGUGACACUGCAGGCCUCAGUAUGCAUGGGUGAUACGUUCCAAGACCUACUGCGAAUAGCUGAAUCUGUGGAUAAUAUCAGACCAUCUGUAAAUCCCAUAUAUGAAGUGAUUUCCAUGUGCAUAUAUAUGGCAAAAUUUCAUUGAAAAAUUUGAAUAUUUUUAACUAUGUAGUCAAAUGAAAUGCACCAAGUACCAAUGAUUCCCUGCCUUUCCUCUCCAACGGCUUCCCUGUGAGACGCCGCUGACUAAAUGUUUUUACUUUAGCUGUGAAUUCUGGGAUCCUGUUUAAUGUCACGACUGAAGCUCUCACACUGUUCACAACCAGGAAGGAAUACUAUUAGUUUCUAUUUAAUAUCUUUAAUAAAGCUCUAAUUUUAAUGCCUAAUAAAUGCAUGUUGAUAUAAACA